CUAAGGAGGCCGGGGGCACGGCGAAGCUGGGUCGAUGCGUCCAAAAUGGCGGACCGGGGCGGGCGAGGCGGGACAAGCAGCGGCAGCGGCGUCGCCGUCAGCGGCCGCCUGGACAAGAGCAUCGUCCUCCCGCCGGACGAGAUCUUCCGCAACCUGGAGAACGCCAAGCGGUAUUUUAUCUUUACAGGUGGGUCCUUGGCCAAGCUGGCUUAUUAUUCAACAGUACAACACAAAGUGGCAAGGGUGCGGUCUUUGGAUCAAUCAGGAAAGGAUGGAGAACAUGAAUCGCCGUACGAAAUCACAGUUCAGGAAGAGAUAACAGCUCGGCUGCAUUUCAUUAAAUUUGAGAACACCUAUAUCGAAACCUGUUUGGAUUUCAUCAAAGAUCAUCUUGUCAACACGGAAACCAAAGUGAUCAAAGCCACAGGGGGUGGUGCCUACAAAUUCAAAGACCUUAUUGAGAAGAAGCUGGGAUUAAAGUUAGAUAAAGAGGAUGUCAUGACCUGCCUUAUAAAAGGAUGUAACUUUGUGCUGAAGAACAUCCCUCACGAGGCGUUUGUGUACAUGAAGGAUGCAGAUCCGGAGUUCCGGUUCCAGAUGAACCACCCGCACAUUUUUCCUUACUUGCUCGUUAAUAUAGGCUCCGGGGUUUCCAUAUUGAAGGUAGAAACAGAGGACAAAUUUGAAUGGAUAGGUGGGAGCUCCAUCGGCGGCGGAACAUUCUGGGGUCUCGGCACGUUGCUGACACAAACCAAGAAGUUUGACGAGUUGCUUCAUCUGGCUUCGAAGGGGCAGCACACCAACGUGGACAUGCUGGUGAAGGAUGUGUAUGGCGGAGCUUACCAGACCCUUGGGCUAAGUGGGAACCUGAUAGCCAGCAGCUUUGGGAAAUCGGCCACAGCAGACAAAGAUUUUUCCAAAGAGGACAUGGCUAAAAGCUUGCUUCACAUGAUCAGCAAUGACAUCGGGCAGCUGGCUUGCCUCCACGCCAAACUCCACAACCUGAACAAAAUAUAUUUUGGAGGCUUUUUCAUCCGAGGCCACCCGGUCACCAUGCGCACCAUCACUUACAGUAUUAACUUCUUCUCCAAGGGGGAGGUUCAGGCCUUGUUCCUGAGGCACGAAGGCUACCUGGGAGCCAUCGGGGCGUUUUUAAAAGGAGCCGAAGAAGACAAUCCCAAUCUCUACUCCUGGGGAGAAAACUACGCCGGCAGCUCUGGGCUGAUGAGCACGUCGCCGGACCUCUGCCCCAUGCAGCGGGAACGGAGCGGCACGUUUGACCUGCUGGAAAUGGAUCGUUUGGACCGAACACUCGUGAACCUCCCCUUACUGAAGGACCCAUCCACGUAUAUCCCAGACACUGUGGACCUCACGGACGAUGCCAUGGCCAGGAAAUACUGGCUCUCGUGCUUCGAGGAGGCCCUGGACGGGGUGGCAAAGCGCGCUGCGGCCAGCCAGCCUGACUCCCUCGAUGCCACGGAGCGAGCGGAAAAGUUCCGGCAGAAGUACUGGGAUAAACUUCAGACACUCCGGCAGCAGCCGUUCGCCUACGGCACUUUAACUGUUAGGAGUUUGCUUGACACCAGAGAGCACUGUUUGAAUGAGUUCAACUUUCCAGACCCUUAUUCCAAGGUAAAGCAAAAAGAAAACGGCAUUGCGUUAAAAUGUUAUCAAGGCGUAAUCGAAUCUUUAGAUUCCUUAGGCUGGGAGGAGAGGCAGUUUGCUCUGGUGAAAGGACUUCUGGCGGGAAACGUAUUUGACUGGGGAGCCAAAGCCGUCUCAGACGUUCUUGAAACAGAGCCACUGUUUGGAUUUGAAGAAGCUAAGGAGAAACUCCAAGAACGUCCGUGGCUGGAGGAUUCCUACGACAAGUGGCUGGAGAGGCUUAAGGCCCCCCCUCAUAAAUGUGCCUUAAUUUUUGCAGAUAACAGUGGAAUAGACAUCAUUUUAGGCGUCUUCCCCUUUGUCAGGGAACUGCUGUCUAGGGGGACAGAGGUUAUAUUGGCUUGUAAUUCCGGGCCUGCGCUGAACGAUGUGACCUACAGUGAGUCUCUGCUUGUCACGGAGAAGAUAGCAGCGACCGAUCCGAUCAUACGGUCUGCCUUGAAGGAAGAGAGGCUGCUGUUGGUACAGACCGGCUCAAGUUCACCAUGCCUGGAUCUCAGCCGCCUGGAUAAAGGGUUGGCCAACCUGGUCCGGGAGCGGAAGACGGACCUGGUCGUCAUUGAAGGGAUGGGGCGGGCCAUCCACACCAACUACUAUGCAGCCCUCAAGUGUGAGAGCCUCAAGCUUGCGGUCAUCAAGAACUCUUGGCUGGCCGACCGCCUUGGCGGGAAGAUCUUCAGCGUCAUUUUCAAGUACGAGGUGCCCCUCCAAUGAUCCGGCCCCGGGACUCGAAUACGGGCCUUUGUGCCGGAAGAGGAAACUUGCCGAAACGGGACUUGCACUAGUUUAAUUUUAAUUGUAAAGAAUGUAUUUUUAUUACCACAGGGAAAAUGAGGUCACACAAAAUGAUUGCAUAUUUAUAUUGUGCUAACUCAUAUCGGCUUUUUUUUGUAAAGUGUUUAUUUUAAUGCUGCAGUAUUCGUGAUGGGAAAACACUUGAUUAUCUAUCCCACCUUGAACCCCCUAGUUCUGUGAGACUUUUGUUUCAAAAUAUUUAAUGUCAAUGGAACCUCUUUUUAUAUUUUGGCCUAAAUAUAUUCCAGCCAUUACUGGCCAGAUACCAAAUAGAGUUUUUAAAGAGCUGACAGAAGUCUGAUCUUUCUUGUUUUUGAAUCGGUAACAGAAGAUACUGGACUUCAGUUCUGACUCGGUAAACUUCCUCCAUCCACUGGGUCAUGAUCCGGAGCUUGGAAAUAAUCUUAGCACAAAGAGCUUGUCAUUAAAUUGAUUGGGGAAAACUGAUUCGCUAACACGGAAUGAAUGUUGAACGGAAUGUGUUGAAUCACUUUGUUAAUUCAUUUGCUAAGUUGUUAGCUGUAAAAAAAAAUCAUAAUUUCUAGAAAUGGACAAUAAAAAUGAAGGUGAUGAGAGCUGUUAACAUGUCUGGUAUGUCACGAUCCAAAUAAUGGGUUUUAAAACAGUGAAAUGUUUAAUGCAUUAAUUUUUAACGCUUACUAUUUCCAAGCUCUGGUAUGAUCACAUUACUAUCCCAUAAAAGCCACAACAUCCCUUUUUACACGCUGAAUUUGAAUUUGGGACAGCUACCCGUGGACAGCUUAAGUUCUGUAAUAUUUUUAUGCUCAAGGGGUGGAUGAUGCCCAUCAGGGCUUGGGUGGGGCAGGAUUAAGAGAGGCAGCCCCAACCGCAGCUGCUUGGCUACCCAAACACAGCAAAAGAGCCCAUUGAAUUCUGAGUGGGUUGAAAAGCGGCCUGGCCUUUAGGAACUCCCUCCAGCCAGUCCUCUACCUAAGCUCAAUGUUCCUCCAACGAUCCAGAGGUUCUAGCCCUCGAAAAAAAAAGUGGUUAAGAAGAAAAGAGAAGCAUGUAUACCCACACCGUGAAAUUGGGCGCCCAGCAAGACCACGAUUCUACACCGUCUUGCCUGAGCGUCCGCUCCACCAAACAGAGCCAGACCUAGAUCGGAGCGAGACGUUUUAUCACACCGUAAGGUAAGUGAUGAAUUUAACAGAAGAAACUGAACAGGAGUUACCCCUGUUGGCUAAAAAAAAAGCUGUAGGUCAUCAUCUCAUUCUCUAAAUAAACAGACCUUCAACUUCUAUCCCCGCAGGUUCAAUUUCAUUGGGUUACAAGGUUCGUGCAGGCAAAUCAAUCAGUGGUUCCUUGCGAGGGUCCGCAGUCACCUCCAUGCAGGUUUAGAAUCUCCAAAAAAUGAAAUUAAAAGUGCCUUCAGAAGUACUGGUGGAACGCCCAAAUCCAGCAUCUCUGCGUGUUUCAACCAAGCCCAAUAAACCAGCCGCCUUUAUGGUCCCUUCAGCAAGCAGCGAGUGCUGACCGAAGAGUAAGUAUACAAGGAGUCAGUUGCCACAACUUUUAUUUAUACAUCAAACCCACACUGUUCUGCUUGAUCUGCUUUUUCUAAAAAAAAGAAAG